AUGAUUAAGCUGAAUAUACUUGUAAAUAAUGUUGGAACAUGGAAAGGCAAGCCCACUGUUGAACAUGCCGCAGAAGAUUACUCUAUGUCCACCAAUUUUGAAUCUGCUUUCCAUUUUUCUCAGCUUUCUUAUCCUCUUCUUAAAGCAUCUGGGAAUGGAAAUGUCGUGUUCAUUUCCUCAGUUGCAGGUCUGUUGAGUGUUGAAAAUUUAUCUGUUUAUGCAGCAACUAAAGCUGCAGUAAAUCAACUCAUAAAGAAUUUGGCUUGUAAAUGGGAUAAAGACAGACAGGCUAUAGCUGUGGAUGAAGGAGUGACUGUUAAUGGGUUUCAACCAAUUUAA